GGUGCUGAUGCUGUGACAAUGGGAGUCAUCCAGAUAAGCAUCAUCUGGACCGAGUGCGCUUAAAGCACAGCGGCAGCGCACACGCUUAACUGAUCGUAAAGGGACGGGAAAGGCAGCUGGGUAGAGACACGGGGAGGAACCUCCAGCUGCUGCACUGAAAGGUCCAGUGAUGGGAGUGUUCAGCCGACAGAAGUUUUUCCAGGAGCUUGCUCAUGGCUGCCUGCUGCCUACGGCUCAGCAGGGCCUGGAGCAGGUAUGGCAGCUGCUGGUUAUCUGCCUGCUGUGUCGGCUUCUCUGGAUGUUAGGCCUCCCUUCUUUUGUGAAACACCUGGGCACAGUGGCCGGAGGUUUCUACACUCUCUACCUGUUCUUUGAGCUUCAUAUGAUCUGGGUGGUCCUCCUCAGCCUUCUCUGCUACCUCUUCCUCUUCCUGUGCCGCCACUCCACCAUCCGAGGCACCUUCCUCUCCAUCACUGUGCUCAUCUACCUGCUGUUGGGAGAACUGCACAUGAUGGACACCACCAACUGGCACAAGAUGAGAGGUUCACAGAUGGUGGUUGCCAUGAAAGCCAUCUCUCUGGCCUUUGAUUUGGACAGAGGUGUUGUGACCAGUGUACCCUCACCCAUUGAGUUCAUGGGCUAUAUUUACUUUGUGGGCACAGUCAUCUUUGGCCCCUGGAUCAGCUUCAACAGCUACAAAGAAGCUUUGGAAGGACGUAAGCUGAGCUUUUCGUGGCUUUUCAAAGUGUCUGUUAGCUGGGUGAAGAGCCAGGUGUGCCUUGUUAUUUCCAACUGUGUAGCGCCAUACCUCUUCCCUUAUUUCAUACCUGUUUAUGGAGACAAGCUACUACGGAGCAAAAAGAGGAGGAAGAUCAGAGGUACACUGGCAAAGUGGUUGCUGGCGUAUGAGAACACAAUGUCUUUCCACUUCAGCAACUAUUUUGUUGGUUACUUCAGCGAGACUACUACCACUCUGGCUGGUGCAGGCUUCACUGAGGAGAAAGAAAACUUCAAAUGGGAUAUGACCGUGUCCAAGCCCUUGAAUAUAGAGUUCCCUCGGUCGAUGGUGGAGGUGGUAACAUCGUGGAAUCUGCCCAUGUCUCGCUUUCUGCACACCUAUGUUUUUAAGAGCGCUCUCAAAUUUGGGACAUUCUCUGCCGUCAUGGUGACAUAUACAGCCAGCGCCCUGCUGCACGGUUUGAGUUUUCAUCUGGGCGCAGUGCUAAUAUCUCUGGGGUUCAUCACGUACAUUGAGCACGUGUUGCGGAAGAGGCUUGCAGCCAUUUUUAAUGCCUGUAUACUGUCAAAGAAAUGUCAGCCAAACUGCACUCACCAGAACAAAAAGGAGCUAUGGGUCUAUAUGAUUAACAUAGCAUUCAGCGCUUUGGCAAUACUCCACCUGACGUAUCUGGGCUCUGUGUUCAGCUCCAGUGUGGACUAUAUGGAGGAGGAUGAGGACGAUAUCACCCAUCAUACCAUUCAGAAGUGGUCAGAGCUGAGCUGGACAAGCCACUGGGUCACGUUUGGAUGCUGGAUAUUGUACCGCCUCAUUCUCUAAUAAUAAGAGACAAAGAAAGAGUGAUGGAAGCAAUAAUGAUGAGAUGUAAGGCUGGUUCUCCACUUCUGCACUGUGACUUUAUCCCGCAUCAGACCGAAGAGAACAGAUUCAACCUGUAUACAACAAUAACCCAACACGCAGUGUUCAGGUUGCGCCGCACGUUGGCUGGGUAAUCUAUUAUUCUAACCUGCUGGGGACUAGUUUUGAUAUCCAUGAAGUGGUAGCCCGCUCCUCCCUCCUUUCCUCCGUAUCACAUCCUUUAUAUCUGAGCUGCAGUCGUCGAGCCCUCAUGUUGUGACGGCAGUUACAGAUGUCUCACUGUGAGUCACAAUCAAUACCUAUCAGCAUGGUGGAGAUCGGCUGCUCCUUUCUGUGGACACAUGAUAGAGCCCAUUGUCUAGGUUUCACCAUCAACUGCAGCAGAUGUCCUCCAGAUGUGGUUUCCCUUCACCUCAAGUGUUUUACAAUCGUAUUUUUAGGUUUGGAGGAUAAAACUGGUGACAUUCUUAUAGUCAGCAAUGAAAAGACUAAAACCAACAAUGCAGUAGUUCGUGUCUCAAUACAUUCUGACUUCCCCAGCUUGUCUGCCUGUGGCAAUCAGCCCCGAGCCUAUUCACUAUACUAAAAAAAGCCAAAUUGUCUCCUAAAACAGCUGGGCUCUGUAUUUUUUUUUAGCAAACAUUACUAAGGCAGGCGUAAAUAGAUUAUGUGAUAGGAACUAUUUUCAAUGGCAGAUCAAUAUACAUAUGUUUGGUGCUCUGGUGGCUAUUUAUAGCUGCAGAACAGUGAAUGAGUAAUUGACUCAAAAUAACCUGCAAUGUUCAUUGUAAUGAAGGAACAUCUCACCCAGUGCAAACCUGCGGCUCAUUAAUAUGUUAAAGACAACAAUGCAGUUUAAUGACACAGAGGGAAAAUACGCUAUAUCAAGCUCUGGCUACAGAGACAACAGUGUUUUGGUCUUUUCAUGGAAUUUGUUGGCAAUAAAAAAAUAUAUAGAAUAUCACCAGAAUUAUCCUUUAGCAGAGCUUGUCUCUUGAGCAUGUGUAAAACAAAGAGUUUACUUUUGAUUGAAAAGAGCACACGUUACGGAAAUAAGGCAGCAAUUUUAUUGUCGCUGGUAAUGAUUUCCCCCUUUGUGAAUUUUAGAUGAAGAAAAUGAAUCAGUACAUCUAGAAAUUAACUUUUGUGGUGCAGUUUCAUAGUAGUGUUUUGUAUUUUGUUUAUUUUGAUGAUUCCCUUUAAAUUGAACUUUUGCUUUGCUUAGAGAAGGUCUUAUUAGUAUUUGUGAGCAUUUGAAAAACUCGUUCACUCUUUAGUAUUGAAAAAAAAAGUUUAGAAUCUGGGUAUUACACAUGUGUCAAUGUAGAGCAAAAACAUUUAAAGUUCUCUUCAAAUUUCAUAUUACAGAUUCAAGAUGAAAUUACACAGUACACUAUAUUAAAUAUUUAUCCGCAAGUACAGAUUUUUAUUACACUGCUUCUUUUAAUGAUGCAUUUAUGUAAUUGAUGAUUGCCUGAUGAAAGAACAUGAGCGUCUGUAUCAGAUUGUGGUCACUUUCUGUCUAUAUCUUUCUUAAAUCUACAACGUCAAAGGAUUUGUUUCUUGACUCAGAUGUAGUGUUUUAGAGUAGAGCCUGAAUGUUCGUUCAUGCCUGAGAGCAAGUGCUCAGUCUCCGCAGACCUAAUUCCACUCAAUCCAACGAGUAUUUUAAAUACUAGUCUGAUAUUUAAUUUUAAGCUUUUUUUCCCUGUAAAUGUGAAGGCACUGAUACACCUGUGAUAUUUUUAUAAAAUUUUACAUGAAACUGGA